ACUAACCCAUUUUUUUCUACAAGGGUAGAAAUUUGACACCAGCUCCUCUUCUGCCAACUCCGAGUCUGGGCUCUUUUCUCAAACGACUCCGUCUUUGCUUUGCACAUUUACAUUAAAUAGCCAAAUCAAGCGCUUGGGGGAAAAAAAAAAAACAUCUGGCUUUUUUACACGUGGAUUUCGUGCGGCAAAAGUUUUUCAAAAUUCCCCUCAAAACAACAAACCACCCCGAGUUUUAUAUAGAGAACACUAAACACACAUUUGGAAUUUUUUUUUUUUUUUGUGGUGGUGUUUUUCCUGGACAUCGUCUUCCUUUGCAGUAGCCUACACACUUGGAAUAGCGUGUUUUCAUCUUAUCUCAAGUUUUGAGAGUUUUCAGAUUGAUGUAAGGACUGCGUCAACAUCCGCUAAAACUCUUCUUCUUUGUGUGCAUCCUUCCCUCGGGAUCUCAGCAGAGGCUCUUUUUCAGGCUCGAUAUUAGAGAUAAUGUGAAUGGCCAUUUGCUUUACUGAGGAUUGAUGUUUUUGCAGCAAGAAACGAUGGCACGUUCAGUAGUAAAAAUGUGUUUCUGCGUACUUUUCUUUGGACUUUUGUUGUUCACGCUUCCAUCUGCUGGAGCCGAAGAAGAUGUGGAGGAGGAGAGAUCAUGUCAGGGCGCCUUCGACUUGUAUUUUGUCCUUGACAAGUCAGGAAGUGUCAAACACCACUGGCACGAAAUCUACGCUUUUGUUGAACAUUUGGCUGAGAAAUUCACCAGCCCUAUGCUACGAAUGUCCUUCAUCGUCUUCUCAACCAGAGGAACCACAAUCAUGAGACUCACAGAAAACAGGGAGACCAUAAGAAAAGGCCUUAAUGUUCUAAGACGAGAGAUCCCAGGUGGAGAUACAUUUAUGCAUCUUGGUCUACAAAAGGCAAACGAGCAAAUACACCAGGAAAACUUUGGAACUGCAAGUGUCAUAAUUGCAUUGACGGACGGUGAGCUUCAAGAACAUCAGCUGAUAGCAGCUCAACAGGAGGCAGCACGAGCUCGGGGAUUGGGUGCAAUCGUGUAUUGUGUUGGAGUGAAGGACUUCAAUGAAACUCAGCUGGCUACCAUAGCGGACACCAGUAAGCACGUGUUUCCGGUUUUGGGAGGAUUCCAGGCACUGAGAGGAAUGAUUGACUCGAUCAUCAAAAAAUCUUGUAUUGAGAUCUUGGCAGCGGAGCCAUCCAGCGUAUGUGCAGGAGAGUCAUUUCAAGUGGUGGUGAGAGGUAAUGGAUUUCGACACGCCAGAAACAUAGACCAGGUCCUCUGCAGCUUCAAAAUAAACGACACAGUCACGCUCAAUGAGAAGCCUGCGAGUGUUGAAGACACGUUCUUGCUGUGCCCUGCGCCUGUUAUAGAUGAAGUUGGAAAGGUGGUGUACCUGCAAGUCAGCAUGAACGAGGGUCUGUCAUUCAUCACCAGCUCCGUACACAUAACCACAACAGAGUGUUUUGAUGGAACGAUCCUCCUGAUCACCCUGCUGGUGUUGUUUCUAUUAUUGGCUCUGUUGUUCAUGUGGUGGUUCUGGCCGCUUUGCUGCACUGUAGUGAUCAAAGAACCUCCACCUCCUCCACCGCCAGAGCCAGAGUCAGAUGAUGAGGACGGCAUGCCAAAGAAGAAAUGGCCCACAGUAGAUGCGUCAUAUUAUGGCGGUCGAGGAGUUGGAGGAAUUAAACGAAUGGAGGUUCGCUGGGGAGGGAAGGGCUCUACUGAGGAGGGAGCAAAGCUGGAAAAACCCAAAAACGCCGUCAUAAAGAUGCCUGAGCAGGAGUUUGAACCCUUUGAACCCAAGCCCAGAAAAUCAGACAACAGGAAGCCAGCUCAAGACAGGAAGUGGUAUUCUCCCAUCAGGGGUAAACUUGAUGCCAUCUUGGCUCUUUUCCGCCGUGGAUAUGAUCAAGUUUCACUUAUGAGGCCGCAACCAGGAGAUCAUGGCCGAUGUAUCAACUUUACACGAGUGAAAGAGGAGGCGGCGGCAGCGGCGGCGGCCAAAGCUGCUCCACGAGCUCAAAGCCCACCUCCACCUCCGCCAGACUAUCAGCCUGUUCCCAGUCCCAUCACCUCCCCUCCGAACAGCCCACCUCCGCGAGGACCACCCCUGCCCCAACCUCCACCGGGUCCACCGCCCGCCCGAGUCCCCCCCGGACCACCCUGUCCCCCGCCGUCACGAGCCCCGCCCAGCCUCGACGGCAGACCAUGAGAGAAAGAUCCAGCCUCCAGUGCAAUUCAUCCAUACAGCCAAACAAAAUGCUCCUCUCGCCAAAAAACGCACGUGGUAUUUAUCGGUCAGGUUCGAUUAGGAUGCGGUGUGUAGUUUGUUGCUGGACAGCAAAAAAAAAAAAAAAAAAAAAAAAAAAAAGGCAAAAAGUCGUGACAAAAAAUUCAACUACUGAGUUUUCCAUACGCAGAUUAAGAGAGACCGUUUUUAGCUUUAGAAUGACUGAAGUGGCUGGACAAAUCUUCAUAAUUAUUCCCAAUGCGUUCGUUUGAACAUGUACAAAGUUGAAUCCUAUGAGCUUUCGAUAUCAUGCCAAAAUGUCCAAAAUAACCAGUAUUAGAUGCUAUGUUAUAUUGUACAGCAUCCUGUGCCUCUCCAUUUCAUUUUAUUUUGUUGUGGUUGUUUUGUUUGUUUGUUUUUUUUAGAACAAUAAUGUUGAGUCACAGAUUUUACAGUCGUUGAGUUGCAGGUUCUCUCAGGUGAGUCUCUGACCCUGUACGAAGGGGAGUAUCAUAGCCUGUCAAAAUGUAAGAUGAUUGCAAGUUAUGGAUGUGUAAAGGCGUUUCUUUUACUGUAGUAUUGCAAUUAGCUAAUGUCUUAUGCUGGGUUCAGAUUACACAAUAUAAAUGUGUUGUGGUGAUUCGUAAUGGGGGUCGGGAAUGAAUGAUUCAAUGACUCACUCAUAAAUACUUCACUUGUUUCAUUACUGGAUGAAUCAGCGUUUUUGAACAAAUCUCUUGAGUGAAUGAUUCAAUGACUAAUACAUUUUUAACAGUCACUUGCCACCACCUACUGGUGUUUUAUUAAUAUUAAUAUUGUGUAGUCUGAACCCGGCAUUAGUAUGUCACAAGUUCUUUCGUUUAGGUAAAACUGGUGUGCAGGAUUUGUCUCAAAUCACUCAGUUGCUGGAAUUCUCGAAGGUGCAAAAGUGGGAUACAAGAAUGUUUUCGACUCUAUUCCUGAUUUUAUGUGGGUGAAUCUCACAAAAAUAUGUCCUGUGGCCGGUUGCAUGAAAUGAUACUUGUUAGACUACUUCUUUCAUGUUAGUCAUGUAAUUUUUUUUCUUUAAGGCAAAUUUUUGGUCUAAUUUGAAUCAGAAAAAUAAGACUGACUUACUCCUUGGUCAGACUAGUUCUUAUAGAGGCGAAGUUUAUGCAACUGGACACAGGUCACAUUUCUAUGGAAGCUUGUUUCUGCCAUGAAUUAAAAAAUAAAAAGAGGUAAUUGUGACUUUUUAUCUCACAAUUCUGACUUUUUUUCACAAUUGCGAGUUUUAAAGUCAUAAUUGCGCAAUAAAGUCAGAAUUGCAAGAUAUAAAGUCAUAAUUGCACAAUAAAGUCUUGUUUAGAAUUGUGUGAUAGAAUUGCACGAUAUAAAGUCAUAAUUGCAUGAUAUAGUCAUAAUUGCGCAAUCAAGUCAUAAUUGCGCAAUAUAGUCAGAAUUGUGCAAUAUAAAGUCAGAAUUGCGUGAUAGUCAGAAUUGUGCAAUAUAUUUAGAAUUGUGCAAUAUAAAGUCAGAAUUGCGCGAUAUAAAGUCAGAAUUGCGCAAUAUAGUCAGAAUUGCGCAAUAUAAAGUCAGAAUUGCGCAAUAUAGUCAUAAUUGCGCAAUAAAGUCGGAAUUGCGCAAUAUAAAGUCAGAAUUGCGCGAUAGUCAUAAUUGCGCAAUAAAAUUGGAAUUGUGCAAUAUAAAGUCAGAAUUGCGCGAUAUAAAGUCAGAAUUGUGCAAUAAAGUCAGAAUUGCGCAAUAUAAAGUCAGAAUUGCGCGAUAUAGUCAUAAUUGCGCAAUAAAGUCGGAAUUGUGCAAUAUAAAGUCAGAAUUGCGCGAUAUAAAGUCAGAAUUGUGCGAUAUAAAGUCAGAAUUGUGCGAUAUAGUCAGAAUUGUGCGAUAUAAAGUCAGAAUUGCGAGAUAUAAAGUCAGAAUUGAGAGUUAUAAAGUCAGAAUUGUAUGUGAUAAAGUCAGAAUUGUGAGAUAUAAACUCGCAAUUCUGAGAAAAAAAGUGAAAAAUGUCAUCUCGCAAUUCUGAAUUUAGAAGACACAAUUGUAAGUUUAUGUCUUGCAGUUGCGAAAAAAAGUCAGAAUUGCGACUCUCUCUCACUUUAUUACUCACAAUUGCAAGUUUAAAUCUUGCAAUUCCGAAAAAAAAAAAAGUCAGAAUUGUGAAAUAAAAAGUUGCAAUUACCUUUAUUUAGUGGUGGAAACAAGCUUCCAUACAUUUCAACCCAAAAUAUAAAGAAAAAAUAAAUAUUUUGUUUAAAGAAAAUUAAACCUAUUUUAAGGACCAUUGAGAUUUUUCUUUUUUUGCAUUAUGACAUUAUUUUCAUGACAAUUAAGUACAUAUCACGCCACAAUUUUUAUUACCAUAAUGCAUCAAGUUUAGUUUUUUGUAAAAUAAUAGUAAUAAUAAUACAUAUUAAACAUACAAUAAUAAAUUCCCCAAAACAACUUAAACUUGCAUUAUUAUGACAUUUUAUUAGCAAUGAUGCAAGUUUGAGUAGUGUGCGGGAUUUAUACAGUUUUUCAAGUUUUUAUUAGACACACACGGGUGUGUGAGGCACUAUAUUUAAGAAAUAUGUAAUAUUUGCUUUUUAUUUAUAUCAGCAUAAAUUAAAGGAAGCACAACAAAUAUCACCAUUAUGUAUAAAUACUAAAUAGAAUUAAAAUAAUUUAUCAUUAUAACAUACAGUACAGUAAUGAGCAUUUUUUUCUCAUUACCGUAAUGCAUCCUAAAUGAUCCUAAAGAUAGGCUUCUUUUUCUCCAAGCAAACAAAUACAUUUCUUUUCUCCUGUGUUUUUUCUUACGAUCCAGGCGAGUUCUUGGCAGGUUUCAUGCGAUCAGGUUUGUUCACAGUAAAGUUGAAGCUCUAAGCGAAUGCAAAGUCAGGUCAGUUCUUGUCACGUUUUCUGUAUUCCGCAGCUGUACUGUACGUAUGUUGAUAUUCAUCAUGUUUCCUUUGCAUUUCAUCGUCAAACAUAUUGCAACUGCAGGGCAGUUCACAGCAUUUAAUUUAUUAUCCCCACGCCUGAAGGAAGGUACUUGAAUAUGACAAGGUGUCCUCUGUUACAAGCAGGACACUGUGCAUGAAACCAAAAAACAUUAAAAUGGAAAAAAAUCACUUUGCCUCAGAUAACAGCCAGUGCCUUCUGUGUGUUUGUUUUUUUUUAAUUACCUUUCUUUUAUACGUCAUUCAAGUAUGAUACAGCAGCACUGUUUAUACUUUUGUUUUAAUAAAAAGAUUGGUGCAUGAAUUUUGUUUUCCCUUUCUCCCCUUUUUGUCAUUAAAAAGUGAAACCUCACCCUCACGAGUUUGAUAUAAUGCGGUCCAAACCAAAGCUAUUGAUGCCGACAACUGCAGUAUGAUGCUAUAGGUUUGUGCUUUUGUUUGGAUUUGUUUUGUUUUAUUUGCUUGUGGCAAUCAUUUGAAACAUUGUGAUCUGUACUACUCCACACAAAAAGGUUGAUACCAGAAUUAUAAAUCACAAUUAUAUUGUGUUACGGUGUAUUAAGUAAGUGUAUUAACAACAAUACUGAUGCAUCUAUUGAAAGGCUCAUAAAGUUUACUUUUUUCACAGUAUUAAUAAAGGUCGACUUUCAAGCUUUUA